AUGCAGUUUGGCAAGCUUGCCUUUGCCCAGCGCCAUGAGCGCACCGCCGAGGAGAAGUCCCUCGUGCGCAGGCUCGACAUCUUCCUCAUGCUCUUUGGCUGUGUAUCCCAGGUCAUCAAGUAUCUUGAUCAAACAAACAUCAACAAUGCCUAUGUCUCUGGCAUGAAGGAGGAUCUCAACCUCUAUGGCAACGAGCUCAACUUCUUCAGCACAUACUUCAGCAUCGCCUACUGCCUCAUGCUUGUGCCCUCGCAGGUCAUCCUCACCUACGUCCGCCCCAGCUACUGGCUCUCGGGCCUCGAGAUCAUCUGGGGCGUCAUCACGGGCCUGAUCGCCAUCACCACCAACGCGAACCAGGUCUACGUGCUGCGCGUCUUCCUCGGCCUGUGCGAGUCGAGCGCCUGGCCCGGCAUGAUGACGCUGCUCAUGUACUGGUACACCCCGACCGAGCUCGCCAAGCGCAUGGGCUUCUACCACAGCUGCCAGGCCCUAGGGUCCAUGAUGUCCGGCGCGCUCCAGGUCGCCGUCAUCAACACCCUCCACGGGAGCAGCGGCAUCGCCGGGUGGCGCUGGCUCUUCAUCAUCAACGGCAUCAUGACCGUCGUGGUCGGCGUUCUUGGGUUCGUCAUGCUGCCCGACACCCCGAACAACGUCAACCCGCGCGCGUUCUGGUUCAAGGAGGGCCACGCGAAGCUCGCCAUGGAGCGGCUGGAGCGUAACGGGCGAGCCGAGCCCAAGAAGAUGAGCUGGGCCGGCACAAAGCGUGCCUUCACUUCCUGGCAGCUCUACCUCAUCUCGGUCCUGUACGUCGCCACCGUCAUCGCGGCCUGGGGAUACGCGUACUUCGGCCUGUUCCUCAAGUCGCUCCGCAACCCCGACGGGACGCCUACGUGGACCGUGUCGCAGGUCAACUCGAUCCCAAUUUCCGGCAGUGCCAUCAACGUAGUUUUUGUCUGGAUCUGGGCCAUCCUGUCCGACCUCCUGCGGACCCGCUGGACGCUCAUCGUCGCCCAGGGCCUGCUCGGCAUCAUGGUGUGCAUCAUGAUGACCGUCUGGACGCAAAAGCCCGGCAGCACGCCCCUGGGCGUCGCCUACGCGGGCUACUUCAUCGCGUACAUCCCGCUCGGCACCGCGCCGCUCAUCUUUGCGUGGCUGGCGGACAUCCUCCCCAAGGACCCCGAGGCCCGGACUCUGAUCACCGGUAUGGCCGUCGCCUUGUACUACGGCGUGUCCGCGUGGUCCCAGAUCCUGGUGUGGCCGGCCGUCGAGGCGCCGUAUUACCGGUAUGGAUGGCAGUCCUCCCUCGCGCUGUGGCUGCUGGUCAUCCUGAUCACAUGCGGCCUGCGCUGGCUGGACAUCAAGUACCUCAAGUAUGUCCUUCCUCCUUAG